UUGUUUUUUUUGUUACUUUUGAGUUGUACUACUACACUAGUAGGUUAUUAUUAAUAGGUAGUGUUUUGUCUUAACUUUUGAUUUUCUUUUGCUUGUUUUUCAAACAAACUACACCAUGACUAAACAAGAUGACUUUAAGCUCCUCAAGAUCCAGACUUGUGUUCUUAAAGUGAACAUUCAUUGUGAUGGGUGUAAGCAGAAAGUCAAGAAACUCCUUCAGAGGAUUGAAGGGGUUUACCAAGUAAGCAUAGAUGCAGAGCAACAGAAGGUUACAGUAUCAGGAAAUAUAGACUCUGCAAGUUUGAUCAAGAAACUAGUGAGAGCUGGUAAACAUGCUGAGAUUUGGGACCAAAAAUCUAACCAAACUCAAACACAAAACCGUAACCAAAACCAAAACCAAAAAAACAACUGUUUCAAAGAUGACAAGAACAACAACAAAGGUCAAAAGCAAGUGAUCAUGAAAAACCUAGCAGCACUAAAAAACCAGCAGCAGAAGUUUCCCAUGUUCAGCUCUGAAGAAGAUGAUGACUAUUUUGAUGAUGAUGAUUAUGAAGAUGAUGAGGAUGAUGAUCUCAGGUUUCUAACUCCAAGUCAGCUAGGUCUUCUCAAACAGCAAAUUGAUGCCAAGAAAAAUAAUGCAGCUACGGCAGCAGUUGGUCAGGGUGCCACUAAGAUGAGCAACAAUAAUGGUCAAAAGAAAGGAAACCCUAAUCAGAACAUGGCAAUGAAAAUUCUUCCAGGUGGUGGCAUUGAUCAAAAAGCCAUGGCAGCAGCUUUAAAGAUGAACAGUAACCAAUCAGGAGGUGGGGGAAUUAAUCAUACUGUAGAAGCUGGUAAAAGAGGAAACCAUGACAUUGCUGCUAUGAUGAAUAAUCUUGCUGGUUUUAAUGGACAUGGUGCUAAUCUAACCAAUUCUGCUGCUCUAGGAGCCAACUCCAGUGGUUUAGGAUUAGGGUUUCAACCGGUUCAGUCAAAUCUUGGGUAUCAAGGAGGAUCUUUAGGUCAACAAUAUCCAUCAACAAUGCUGAUGAACAUGAAUGGGCACAACCUUGACCAUAAUCAAGCAGCAAAUAUGAUGAUGAACAUGCAAAAUAGGCAACAACAGCCUCAGAUGAUGUAUCACAGGUCACCAUUUGUUCAACCUAACACUGGCUAUUACUAUAAUAACUAUAGCUCUGCCUCUGCUGCACCUUACCCCUAUAAUGAAGCUUAUCCCACCAAUUAUAAUGGUGGUUGUAACUCUAACUCUGGUGCAGCUACUACUCACAUGUUCAGUGAUGAAAAUACAAGCAGCUGUUCAAUCAUGUAAAAAAAGUAGUAUGGUGGGGUUUGACUUUGAAACUCAAAAGAUGUAAUGUUUUCCAUUAGUGGAGGAGUUAGUAGCUUUUGACAGUAUUCUCUGAUGAAUGUUUCUGAAAAGGAACAAGUUAGUUGGGAUGAGAUGAGAUGGGAUGUUUUAGUAAAAUCUUAUCAAUGUAUUGUCCAGUUGUUAUUAAUGUAUUAUUGUUCU